ACUUUGGCUGUAGAAAAGGCAAAGCCGAAUGAACUGCCUCUAUUGUUGAUCGGCAGUCGAUAUCGACUAUACGCAAGAGUGAUGACGCUAUGUCAAUAAUUACAAAACACAAUUUGACGAUGUCUGGAAGCAGGAUUAUGUGGGUUUUUUGGUUCUUGUUAAACGUCAUCCUUAUCACCUCAAAAGCAUCGAUUCCCAGUCCGACAGAAGCCACAUCCUUAUGUCCUUGCUCAUGCGACUCACCUUUGAAGGUCUUGCAAAGUUAUGCAACCUCAUAUUCUUCCUCCGAAGAAGGAAGUACUUCGUCCCUGCAUUUCUCAUCCUCAAGCACCUUUAGAUCUGGCUUUUAUGGCUCUUCACUAUGCUACUGCCGUUGCAGCACAACGAAAUCGACGAUUUACGAGAUGCCUCACUCAAAGUCAUAUGGCAGUUCAAUAUCCGUCAGCAGUUUCUCUGUGUAUCCGAGUUCCGAUACACACAGUACGUAUCUUCGUUUCAAUAGCGGAGAUUUCAGCUUAUCUCAGAGUUCAAGUUCUGCGAGUACCGAAAUUCGCAUUUCGUCAAGCUCUAGUGAGAGACCUUUUAGUUUGUACCCAAGUUCAAGUAGAAGCGGUUUAAGUUUUUCUCCUACUUCAGAGAGAAGUGGCCUCAGUACUUCACCAACUUCAGCAUUUUCUAUUACAACAGGAGACGUACCAUUGUGCCCUUGCCCUUGUCAGCGUAUUUCAAAGGAAUCGCAAGCCUCUUCCUCUCUCUACGUUUACUCAAGCGACAGAGACCGUUCGUCCCAAUACGUCGUAUCUUCGUUCUGCCAUUGUCCCUGCAAAGGAACAUCAUCGAUUCAUUUCGAGACGUCUUAUACAGCUUCCUCAAGCUCUUCAGCAGACGCAUCCUUGUGUACUUGUCCUUGCAACUCUGUUUUCAAGGACUUGCAAAGUUCCUUGCCUGCAUAUGCUACCUCAUCCAAAAGUUUCUCAUUUUUGAUCCCUCUCUCCUUGGAUAAUUCUUCGUCAUUCACAAAAGCUUCAUUUAGCGAUGGAAGCAUUUCGUCCAAGUAUUACCUAUCCUCCAGUACUUCCUCACACAUUCUUGACCUCUCUUCAUGCUACUGCCCCUGCAGUGGAACACCCUCAAGUGUUUACCAAACACCUUUUUCCAGCCAUGCGGUCGAAGAAUACUCCUGCAUUUGUCCUUGCGAACUUGGUUUGAGUGACUCACAAAGUUCCUCAUUCCUGUAUGCAACCACAAGCGUAGUAAAUACCUCAUUCGCGUCUCGUAUUUCUUCGUCAGUCACAAAAGCUUUAUCGAACGAUGAGAGAAAUUCUUCUCAGUAUUAUUCAUUCUCGUCCACCUCUUCCAGCAUGCCUGGCUCUCCCUUAUGCUACUGCCGCUGCAGCACAGCAUCUUCAACCGUCUAUGAGACAUCUAUGUACUCAUUUUCCAGUUCAGAAUCCUUGUGUACUUGCCCUUGUGGACCUGAUUCAAAGAACUUGAUAAGUUCUUCAUGGCUACAUGGUCUAUCGAGUGAUGCAAGGACUGCUUCCCAGUUCUUGUCGUCCUCGUCUCAUCGCAGGUCUGGUAUUUCCUCGUCAUUUGCAGACGAUUCGUGGAGGGAUGGAAGUAGUUCGUACCUAUAUUUCUUAUCCACUGCCAGUUCCAGCAUUUCUAGCUCUUUGUUAUGCUACUGUCCUUGCACCACUACAACAUCGACGAUUUACCAGACGGCAUUUUCCAGUUCAGAAUCCUUGUGUACUUGCCCUUGUGGACCUGAUUCAAGGAACUUGAAAAGUUCUUCAUGGCUACAUGGUCCAUCGAGUGAUGUAAAGACUGCUUCCCAGUUCUUGUCGUCCUCGUCUCAUCCCAGGUCUGGUAUUUCCUCGUCAUUUGCAGACGAUUCGUGGAGGGAUGGAAGUAGUUCGUACCUAUAUUUUCUAUCCUCGACCACUGUCGGUUCCAGCAUUUCUAGCUCUUUGUUAUGCUACUGUCCUUGCACCACUACAACAUCGACGAUUUACCAGACGGGUAGGUACCUUUGUCAUUAA